AUGAGGCCAGGUGUAUGCCGGAAGAGAAGCAGCAGGGUUCUCCGGGAGAGCAGCGGGUUACGAGAAAUUGGUGAUAGCUCACCGGGAGAACUCAAAAGGCGGACAAUUAAGCCGAAAAAGAGGCAGCAGAUCCCGCCGGAGGUCGCUGAGGUUCAGGAGUUCUUCACGUUGGUUUUUCGCGGCGUCCCUGAAGGUCGCGUGUUCUGCCGGAAAAGAUGCAGCGGACGGUCUGUUACGCCUAAAAAGGAGCAGCGAGUCCCGCCGGAGAAGAUGCAGCACCCACCAGAAUUGGGAUCGUCGGUUACGUGCGCGGUGGUCGGCAGAGUGGUGGCUGGACGCAGGAAAGGGGAUUUCAGGCAGGGGCCUGCCGGUGGUCGUUAG